UUCCACUGUUCCCUUCUGGUCAAACAUCAUGUUCGAACACCAAGCCGCCAUUUUCCAAUUGCACCCCACCAGAAAAAGGACGAGCCUUGGAGCUGGUGACUUGUUGGGCGGGGCGUCCUAAAUUCUUCUGAUUUCGGAUCCUAAAAACGUACUGGGUAAAACUCGAACUACCCUGUUGGGUAAAUGCAAAGAAAAUGGCAAGCUGCGCAGUGGAAGGUGGCUGUGCCAGCGACUACUUGGCCGUCGCCAUAUCCGCCGUCUGCUUCAUUCUGCUUCUUUCACGGGUAAUCUUGCCCUUUGCCGUUCUCAAAAUUCCUCUUCCGAAACGCAGUAGCUUUUGGAUUCCAGUGAUUCAAAUUUAUGCCAGCUUAAACCUUCUGUUGUCGCUUGUGAUGUCUCUCACUUUUCUGAAAUUCAAGAAGACAUAUUGGUGGCAUUCUUGCUAUUUUUGGGGAGUCUGGAUUGAAGCUCCGCUUGGCUUUGGUUUACUACUGAGCUGCCGCAUAUCACAGGCCUUCCAACUGUAUUACAUUUUUGUAAAGAGGUGUCUACCACCAAUCAGGUCUUAUAUAUUUCUUCCACUAAUUCUCAUGCCAUGGAUUGCUGGGGCUGCUUUUAUCCAGGUCAAAAGGCCUCUAAAUAAUCGAUGCCACAUGGGAAUUCAGUGGACCAUCCCAGUCAUGUCCCUCCACACAUUGUAUGUUGCCAUUUUGGUAGGAUUCACGGGGGCUAUUUGGCAUAUAGAGUUCAGGUUUGACGAACUUAGAGACCUCUGGCGGGGAAUACUUGUCUCAGCCGUUUCUAUUGGAGUAUGGGUUGUUGCUUACUUUUUGAAUGAAAUUCAUGAAGAUAUCUCAUAUCUUCAAGUUGCCUCAAGAUUUGUGCUCUUAGUUAUGGCAAGCAUUCUUGUCUUAGCUUUCUUUUCGAUAUCAAGUUCACAACCUCUUCUGUCACAAAUCAGCUUGAGGAAAAGGGAGCCCCUAUCAUUUGAGACAAUGGGUCAGGCUCUGGGGAUUCCUAACAGCGGAAUGCUAUUGCCAAGGGAACCAGCACCUGUGAUAGGUCCAGAUGAGCCACUUGAUAAACUUCUUAUGAACAAAAGAUUCCGUGAGUCCUUCAUGAAAUUUGCAGACAGUUGUUUGGCAGGGGAGAAUGUCCAUUUUUAUGAGGAAGUGCAUGAACUUGGUAAAAUACCAGCGGAUGAUCCUGUAAGAAGGAUUUACAUGGCAAGGCAUAUCAUUGACAAGUACAUAAUUGCAGGUGCAGCAAUGGAAGUUAACAUUUCUCACCGAAGCAGACAAGCGAUUUUGACUACUUCCAAUCUGGCACAACCAAAUCUUUUUCAUGAUGCUUUAAAUGAGCUGAUACAAUUGAUGAAAACGAACUUGGCAAAAGAUUUCUGGUCAUCGAUGUACUUCACGAAGUUCAAAGAAGAAGCGAGUACGAGAUCUCAUGAGCUGAAACAGAUGACACGUUGGAACCACUCUCCCACUCCCAGGUUGAGUUCUGCACACGGUGUUGAUGAUCCAUUUCACCAAGAACAAGAAUCAUGAUUAUUGCUGUAACACUCAGCACCAAGGCCUACUGUGAGCCAAGUAUCAUGGAAAGGUAUAUGAUAACUGGAAGUUUGAUGGAUCACAAGGUGCUAUUGUUUUGUGAAGAUUCCGACAACAUUAUUGCUUGGCCGGCAUAAACAAAACUAACUGACGAUUAAGAAGAGAUGGAAGUUUCAUGAAAGUAUAGCAAAUUUUUGUGGUGAUUCCCAGACACAGGAAGAAGUGUUUUAUUCUAGCUAGUUUAUGAAGGCUUAGCGUCACUUGAUGUGUAAAUACAACCUUUUCACGUAUUAUGAGUUAUACUACCUUCUAACAAUUGAAGCAAUGAUUCUCCAAUAAUCUUCUUAUUUUUCAAGCACAAA